UCUCCAGCGCAGACUAAAAAGCUUUCAAUGAUGUAAGAGAAUCAUGAUCCCCAUGUAUACGUGUCCCCAAAAGGAGUUCAUGGUAAAAAGCAUCUACACACGCCCAACUCUCUCUUUCGCUUCGAAGCCUCAUCUACACCCGAAAACAAAGGCAAAAAAAGCUAGGAAAGAGGCUGCAGUGGCCAGAUUUUCAGGUUCCGAACUGGUAAGCACCCUCAAUUUGUUUUUUUUCUUUUCCUAGUUCAUAUGUGGUUUUUUCCUUUGUUUGGAGGGAAUCAGAUCAUGUUGUAGCAUACCCAGAUAAUUGUUUAAUUCUAUAUGUGAGACUUUGAUGGUUAUUGACGAUUUGGGACUGGGUGUGUUGAUUGGAAGAAGAAGAAGAAAGUUAAAAAAGACCCAUAUAUCAAGAGAGGCUUUGAUGGGUUGCCUUAGAUCCAGGAAACGCAAGUUUUAUGAGUUCAAGGGAUCACCUUUUUAGGGUAUUCCUGUGAUUGGUUUCCUUUUUCCUAGGUUAUUUCCCCUGAACUGUAUGUCCUUUUCUUCUUGGUUUUUUAGAUAAAGAUCGGAUUUUGGUCAUUUUCAUAUGCGUGUUAUUUAGGGGUCGGUGGUCUGGAUAGGAUUUAUGAAUUCUGUGGUCAGUUUUGUGCCAGAAGGAAAGGAAUUUGGUAAGCUUUGGAGUCUUUGAGAUGCUCAAAGUACUUGUGAAUGGUUGGAGUAUUUAUAAUUGGAAGAUUAGAUCCAUUGCUCCUGCUCAAAGUACUUGUGAAUGGUUAGAGUAUUUAUAAUUGGAAGAUUAGUUCCAUUGCUCCCCACCAGAUCUGAUAAUCCUGUUUUAUUCUGCACUACCCAUAAUUAAGUUGAUCUUGGUGGUAUUGAUUUGUGUUCAAUAUAACUAUAUCUGUAGAGAGUCUAGUGGUCACUGAAUUCCAAUGAAAGAGGUACUUGUUGAUACUUUCAAACCUUGUCCCAAGUUCGUUGAUUGAAGGAGAUAUAGGUGAUGAAAAGUAACAAGUUAUGUGAGUACGUAGAGAUUGAAAGGUAACCAGUAGUCUAGUACGCACACAGAGAAGGUUGAUGGAAGAGAUGUCUCAGGCAGUUUCCAUGACUCUUAGUUUAGGUAAUUCUAUGUGUGAUAACUCUGGAAUGGCCACCCAUGUGGAAAUCACGCGGCUCAAGCUGGUAACAGACACAGUAAAUUUGUUGUUGGAUCCUUCUAAGGUGGUGUGUGCAGAGUCUGUUUCUAGUGGCUAUGGAUGUUGCAAUGAUGCUAAGACUGAAGCUAACAUGGUAACCACGUCAGCACCUGAAGGCAAUAGCAGAGAGGAAGCUGACUUGUUGGGGAUGUUUCCUAAUAAUGGAAACAAUUCAAUUGCUAACGAUGCUGUAAUUCUGGAAAGUGAGGAAGAUGAAAUCUUGUCUGUUGCAGAUGAAGUAAGCUUACCAGAUAUUGUGGAUGGUCAUGCCCAGAUUGUUGCUAAGGCUAUUAUCUUAGUGGAAUCAAGUAUAGGGCAGGUGCCUUCUGGUGAACUCAUUGUGGCAACUGUGAGCCCAGAUUCAGAGAUAUCUAGUAAAUCUGAGUUAAAGGACUCUACUGUGGUUUUCCCAUCACAUGUGGAGAAGAGUGUCAGUAAAGGAGGCAGCCGGAGUGUUUUUGAGCUCAACUGUAUUCCCCUUUGGGGUUCUGUAUCUAUUUGUGGAAAAAGACUAGAAAUGGAAGAUGCUAUUGCUGCUGUUCCUCGAUUUAUGAAAAUCCCAAUCAAAAUGCUUGUUGGAGAUCGUGCGAUAGAUGGAAUGAACCAGAGUUUGACCCACGUAACUAGUCAUUUUUUUGCUGUUUAUGAUGGCCACGGGGGCUCUCAGGUUGCAAACUAUUGUAGUGAGCGCAUCCAUUUGGCUUUGGCUGAAGAGGUUGGAGUCAUUACAGACAAUUUAAGUAAUGGAAGAAUGGAGGCAAGUCAGCAACUGCAGUGGGAGAAAACUUUCACUAGUUGCUUUCGCAAGGUUGACAAUGAGAUUGGAGGAACCGUUGGUAGUGGUGAUAAUGGAAGCAAUGGGGACGCUUCUGAGCCUGUUGCACCAGAAACUGUUGGGUCAACAGCUGUGGUUGCAUUAAUCUGUUCAUCCCAUAUCAUAGUUGCAAAUUGUGGUGAUUCAAGAGCAGUCCUAUGUCGUGGCAAAGAAGCCAUGGCGUUAUCAAUUGAUCAUAAACCAAACAGAGAAGAUGAAUACGCAAGGAUUGAAGCAUCUGGAGGCAAGGUCAUCCAGUGGAAUGGUCACCGUGUUCUUGGAGUUCUUGCAAUGUCAAGGUCCAUUGGUGACAGAUAUUUGAAACCAUGGAUUAUUCCAGAACCGGAAGUCAUGUUUCUUCCGCGAGCUAGAGAUGAUGAAUGCCUUAUUCUAGCCAGCGAUGGGUUGUGGGAUGUGAUGUCAAAUGAGGAAGCUUGUGAAGUGGCUCGAAAGCGGAUUUUGGUGUGGCACAAAAAGAAUGGGAUUGCAUCUCUUGUGGAAAGAGGCACAGGAGUCGAUCCUGCAGCGCAAGCAGCAGCAGAUUACCUUCUAAUGCUUGCCCUCCAGAAGGGAAGCAAGGAUAACAUCUCUGUGAUUGUGGUGGACUUGAAAGCUCAAAGGAAGUUCAAGAGCAAGUCUUAGAAGAGAAGCUUCACCAUGGAUCCUGCAAAGUGUAUUCCCAAUGUAUUACAGAGAGUACAUCCUCUUCAAAGAUAGCACUGUCCAUUCGUUUUUCUUUAUGGGCUUAAUGUGUGUACAAGUACAGAAAAUUAGAAAUUUGUAUGUACUAUAGCAACUAUGAUGGAAAUGCCACAUCUCUGGCUUGGUAUGCUCCUCCACAAAAAUAUAUUUGAGCUGCUGCAGUUGUCUGCAGGGGGAGAAAUUGACAAUUUCCUCAGUACCCAAAAGGCAAGUUACAUGA